AUGGUGAAGGUGACUAUCGGCAAGGCGGAAGACCCCUGGUGCGAGAUCGACCUCACAGAGGAGGAUGUGGAGGACUGGAGAAAGGGUGUAGACAUCACCGAGGAGAAGCUGAAGGAGGUUAUCCAGUUGCCACCCAUCACCCUCGACAACUGCCAUGAGCGAGAGGAUGGUGAUCUGCAGUGGGACGAAAUCACUUUCGAAGAAGAGGUGAAUGGAAAGUACUGGCAUGCGGUCAUCAUGGCCCUGCACCGCAUCCGCGAGGACUUCGUCAAGAAGCAGCGGAAGAUGAAGCACCUGGACUGGUACAUGACCAUGAAGAAGACCAGCGACAAGCGAAAUGCCAAGUACUACGACGCUUGGUCUUUUACAGAACCUCAGAAUAUAUAUAUAUAUAUAUAUAUAUAUAUAUUUAUCUCAGACGCGCAUGCCUUUCGCACAGCCGCUGUUGGCAAAAAGUCCCGCAGCUUGGUGGCCUGUGGAGGUCUGAGCUUGGUGCCAACGAUGAGGCGCGAGGAGCAAGAGCCUGCAAGAACCUUCAUUGUUGUGACCCUUUCACAACAACAUCUACUGAGUAAGGGUAAACAUGUUUCUUCAUGUUUUGUAACUCUAUACUCUAUACUGGGUUCCAGAGCUGAGGGCAACUUCUCAUUGCCCCGUGUCAGCCACAGAUUCGCGCAGAUUCGCGCAGAUAGUCGGACAUUCUUAACAUUCUGGCUGCUAUGGUUCGACAGCUUCAUUACUAUUGCUGCAACUACCAGUAGUCGGCGUGUCAUAUUUUCAUGA